AUUGAUCGAAGGGUUGGGCCUUUGGGGCAUGAACGUUUGACUUUUGCUCAAAAUUCCCCCUUUUGACCGGUUUCUCAACAAACAGGGGAUAAAAGCUGUGAUUCUUUCUUGGGGAAGAAAAUAAAAAGAGAAUUUAACCGCAACUAAGGUCCUUUUUUCUACAAAAAUCCUUUAAUUGACCUCGAAUCACUGCUUACAUAUUGCAGGAAUCGUGAAGGAGACUAAAGCAUCUGUUCUUGAUAACGCCAAUUAUGCGAUUGUUUCCUCCCUAACUUUCACCAAACUAGAAUGGCUGUAACUGUAACCCCCGAAGAACAGAACAUAGACCAUGCAACAGACAGUUUCCCCUUGCUCAUCGAGAGCCGAGUACACCAUGAAAAUGAACAUAUAAUCGAUUUGGAAAGAGGUGAUGAUGAUGAUGAUGAUGAUGCUUCUUCCUCAUCAAACGCAUCAACUAAUUCUCUUUCUCAUGGCUUAUCAAACAGCCCUAGAGCUUCCACUUCUCAACUGAUUCGAUCAUCAUCCAGUGGUUCAACUUCAAAUGGAGUUGGAAGGAGAGGAGAAGGGUUUGGGAGGCGAAGAUGGAGCCCAUUCGACACACUGCUAUGGAUUUCAAUCGAAUUAGUGUUCACUUUGGGGCAAAUCAUUGCAUCCAUUGUUGUCUUAUGUAUAUCACAAAAGGAGAACCCACAGACUCCAUUGUUUGCUUGGAUUGUGGGGUAUGCAGCUGGAUGUUUUGCAAGUCUUCCAUUUUUAUACUGGCGAUAUCUCCAUAGAAAUCAAUCUACUGAACCAGGGUCAAGUCAAGCUAGACAACCACCUUCUGAAGCUAACCAUACACCAGAACCAAAUUCUUAUAUCACAAUCUCCUUUGCUCGUUCUUCAGAAGAGGAAACACGUCCACCCACAUCUCCAGACACUUGGAAUGGUCUUAAUGUGGGGUCCAAUGCCAGGCUUAGUAUGCUUGUGGACCAUUUCAAAAUGGCUUUAGAUUGCUUCUUUGCUGUAUGGUUUGUAGUUGGAAAUGUCUGGAUAUUUGGAGGACAUUCAUCCUCUGCUGAUGCUCCCAAUUUGUACAGGCUAUGUAUAGUGUUUCUUACGUUUAGCUGUAUUGGAUACGCGAUGCCUUUCAUUUUAUGUGGAAUGAUUUGUUGCUGUUUGCCUUGUAUCAUUUCAAUCCUUGGUGUUCGUGAGGAUAUGAAUCAAAUGAGAGGAGCAAGUGAAGAUUCCAUCAGUGCUUUGCCAACACACAAAUUUAAACUAAAGAAAAACACAAAUAAUAAUAAUAAUAAUGAAAUGAUGAAAGAUGAUGAUUCAGGUGUUGAUGAAGGUGGGAUUCUAGCAGCAGGAACUGAAAAAGAACGUGUCAUUUCUGGGGAAGAUGCUGUUUGUUGCAUAUGUCUGGCAAAAUAUGCGGAUAAUGAUUUGUUGAGAGAGCUUCCUUGCACGCAUUUCUUCCAUAUACAAUGUGUAGACAAAUGGCUGAAGAUCAAUGCAUCUUGUCCAUUAUGCAAGUUUGAGAUUGGGGGUAGUAACGACAAUUCAUCUACAGAAGACUCGAAUCAGCAACAAGCAUGAAAAAUCAAAGGAAUUUAACUAAACUUGAACGUUAUGUUGUUGGUGUAAUCAGAUGAGAUUCUUUUGAGUUGAGUUAAAAUGUUAAAUAUGAAUGUCUUUUUCUCUUUUUAUUUACUGUUUACCAAGUUAGGUAUAUGUACAGAUGAAUUGAAUCGAACUAAAUGUGUAAUAAACGUACAUUUUUCCAA